GGCCUACUCUGCAGAUUGGAUGGAUUUUGGAAUCACACUGAAAGCACGAGGAAAGUGGAAUCGUUUGGGAUUAAGUGUUUUGCCAAAGCGCGGCCAGUUAUCCCAGGAGAAAACCGAAUGGACGAAGUUGUAAGAGCUGGUGACCCGAAAUGUCAAAUCGGUGUUUUCCGACCGAGUUUCUUGUUGGAUGCAUCCAUCUUGACCGUCUUUGAUCGCAUCGAAAAAGCCUCUUGUGGUGGACAAAAUGGAAAACCUUCGGUUAGCGAAGAAAAUCUCCGCUUGCUGAACGAAACCUUUCCAGAUUAUCUGGAGCCAGCUCUGCAGUUGAUUGAUCACGAUGCGGUCAAAACGUAUGUAGGGCCGAAUGGACGUACAGUUUACCAGUUGAAAGAAGCGGCAGAUUCAAAAAUUUUUCUACUUUCCACGUUAGCCUUUUGCGGGUGUUGCGACUUCCAAGUAGCCGUUUUGGAACGCCGAUCUUUGCCUAUGUGCCGACAUAUUUUGGCAGCCGAAUUGACAAAGCGGCUUAAACCAGUGCACCCGAUUUCGGUUUCUGCACGUGAAAUCGUGGAUCUCGUCUCUUGCGCCUUAUUCUGAGUCGAAAACCACCGCCGGGCUUGAUGUGAAAAUGAUUAUGAUGUUUUAAUUAUCUUCGAAUAAUAUUGUUUGGUUUAGGUGGUAAUAAUGUGUCGCAUUUGGUUUCUGCGUGACAUGUCUAGUAACUGUUUUCGUAUUGUGGCAAAAUGUAGUUGAUAAAGACGGUCAGACAGAUUUGUACUGAAGAUUGUUUCUUCUUAC